AUGGCUCAGGAAAUGGACUGGGUCAAGCUCGUCGAGACUUGCCCGGCCGGCGAUGGUUGGGGCCCGCCCGUCACCACCGAGACUACCUUGAACGGUGUCCCCUAUGCGCCCUUCUCCAAGGGCGACAAGCUUGGUCGCAUGGCCGACUGGACCUCCGAGGGCAAGGACAGAGACGGACGUGGUGGCAGACAGCACUUCAGCUACGAAACCCUCCACGAAGACGACAUCGUCGCUAACUCUCUCGCUUCCUUUCAAGACCAACAAGUCUACGGUGCCGGCCACGCCAUCUCCUUCAACGCCCCUCCCGCCGAGGACGAGUCCACCUUUUCCGUCGUCAGCAACACCCGCGACAGCACCAAGACAAGAUUCGGCCGUGGCGCCGUCUUCACCCGCGGCCGCGGCCAGCGUGGAGGUCCCGCUCAGACCGCUCGCGGUGGCCGGACGACCGUCGCUCGUGGUGGCCAGCAGGGCGGCCGCGGAGGCUACGGAGGAGGCUUUGAACGGGGCGGAAGAGGCGGUGGCCGUGGUGGCCGCCGCUUCGGCUGGAAGGACUACGACAAGCCUGCCCGCAACCGUGACGCCAGUGUCAACAUCAAGGCCGACUGGAAGCUGCUCGAGGAGAUUGAUUACAACCGCCUCGCCAAGCUCAACCUGGACGCCGACGAGGGUGAGGAAAUUGACGCCUACGGCUUCGUCUACAACUACGACCGCUCCUACGACAAGCCCGCCGUCAAGGGCUUUGAGCGCAAGCUCAACGCCAUUGACCGCGCUGCGUACAAUGUCACGACUUCUUCCGAUCCUGUGAUCCAGGAGCUCGCCGACAAGGACGAGGCCUCCAUCUUCGCCACCGACAGCAUUCUCUCCAUGCUCAUGUGCUCCCCGCGGUCCGUCUACCCCUGGGACAUUGUCAUCUCCGUGCAGGGCAACAAGGUCUUCUUCGACAAGCGCGAUAACGCCGCGCUCGACAUGGUCACCGUCAACGAGAACGCCGCCGACUCCCCCAUGGACGCCUCGGACGGCUCCAAGGACAGCCUCAACAUGCCCGGCGCCCUGGCCGAGGAGGCCACCUACAUCAACCACAACUUUGCCAACCAGGUCGUCGUCGAGAGCGAGGGCCAGAAGCUCGAGAUGGCCAACGCCAACCCCUUCUACAACGCCUCCGAGGACACGGACCCGCCGGCCAGCAAGGCCUACAAGUACCGCAAGUUCGACCUCUCCACCAACAGCGAGGAGGACAACUUCUACCUCGUCGUCCGUACCGAGGUCGACGCCGUCCAGAAGAACGCCAUCAGCGGCGACGACCAGCUCGUCACCCUGCACGCGCUCAACGAGUUCGACAACAAGGCCCAGGGCAGCGGUGGCGCCCUCGACUGGCGGACGAAGCUCGUCUCCCAGCGCGGUGCCGUCGUCGCCACGGAGAUGAAGAACAACUCUUGCAAGCUCGCCAGGUGGACGGUGCAGAGCAUCCUCGCCCGUGCCGACGUCAUGAAGCUUGGUUUCGUCUCUCGUGCCAACCCCAAGUCCAACGACAAGCACGUCAUCCUCGGCGUUGUUGGCUGGAAGCCCCGCGACUUCGCCAACCAGAUGAACCUGUCUCUGUCCAACGGUUGGGGUAUCGUCCGCACCAUUGCCGACAUGUGUCUCAGACGCGAGCAGGACGGCAAGUACAUCCUCGUCAAGGACCCCAACAAGUCCAUCCUCCGCCUGUACGAGCUCCCCUCUGGCGGCCUCGACGGCGACGACGAGGCGGAGGAGGUGCCCGAGGCGGGUGAGGGUGAUGAGGACACCACAUUACACACGCACACAACAACGAACCCUCUUAUUUUCAGUGACUUGACUGAAGAUUUGAAUACGCUUGAAGCAUUUAGCUGA